UAAAAUAUUGUUGGUUGCCGAUUGAUUCCACCAUGAGCGUUUCAACCGAUGGUUUGAGGCAGCGAAAGACCGCCACAGGGCAGGAGACUAAGGCCGUUGAAAAUAAGAAGACUGCAACCCUAACCGAGGAUGAUGGAACCAACUUCGUAGAGGGAGGUAUCGAGCAGAACGCUUUCUUCUUCGGUCUGCUUGUUGCCGCUCCCUUUUUGUCAUUGUUGCUGGCGUAUUUGACAAGCGAAGAAAUGGCAACUGAGUUCCCGGGAUAUGCCACCCAUCCUGUCACGGUAAUGUUGGGCGUCUGUGUGAGUGAUCCUGCUGGAUGCGCUUCCAGCGUUGUAAAGAGUGGAUUGUCGGUUGUCCCAACUCUGCCAGCGACACAAUUCGUGCUGUCUUUUAUGGGCGUCGCUUUGGUGUUGGAACGAUUUUUGCCGGGAAAGAUCGAAUGUGGACCCGAAACAUUGACGGGUCACAUCCCCAAGUAUGUCGACAAUGCUGUCUUGCACUGCGUUAUCUAUACUGCUCUAUUUUAUCUCGGUUCCAAUAUUGGUUAUGGAGAUCUCUAUGACUUUGGAAUUAUCUACGAUCUAUUUCCCGGUUCGGUCGCCUUUUUGAAUCUUUUCGGUUUGGCAUUUUGUGUCUUUUUGACUCUGAAAGGAAUCUACUUUCCUUCCACUCAAGAUUCGGGAAGUUCGGGGAGUCUAUUCAAAGAUUUUGUUUGGGGGACAGAACUCUACCCACGAGUUUUUGGAUUGGAUCUGAAGCGAUUCGUCAACUGCCGAUUUUCUAUGACGUUUUGGCAACUGGCCGGCCUGAGUUUCUGCUACAGAUCCUACACUCUCCACGGACACACCAUGGACUGGGGGCUUUUCUUUUCGGCCCUGUCUCAAUACCUAUAUCUGUUCAAAUUCUUCCUGUGGGAAAUGGGGUACAUGCGCUCGAUCGAUAUCAUUGUAGACCGCGCUGGAUUUGAAAUUCAAUGGGGGUGCCUGGUAUGGGUACCGGCUGUCUACACCCUUCAUUCGCGCUUCUUGGUUCAAUACCCGUCCGGUCUCUCCUUUGCGGCGGCGGCGGGCCUGUUCAUCUUGUCGAUGACCGGAGUCGUCUUGAACUACAUGGCAGAUCGUGAACGCGAUGUCUUCCGUGCCACGAACGGAGAAGCCCUCGUCUGGGGAAAGAAACCUUCGUUCAUCAAGGCCACUUACACGACCAUCGACCGCAAGACCGGAGAAAGUUCUCAGAAAACAUCCUUGUUGCUGGCCAGCGGAUUCUGGGGAGUGGCGCGCCACUUUCAAUAUUUUUUUGAGCUUACUGCGGCAUGGAGUUGGUGCCUCUUGGCCAAUCCGCUCCAGAACGGAGUCUUAGUUCUUAGCUACGCUGCGUUUUUGACCUACCUUCUUAUCGACCGCGCCGAACGGGAUUCCAAAAAGUGCCAUUUGAAGUACGGAAAGUACUAUGAAGAAUAUUGUCUUUUGGUUCCCUACAAAAUCCUCCCUGGAGUCUAUUGAGAAAGCUUGAUUUUAAAAAAUCAUUCUAUAAUUGGACUCGCUGGAAGGUAUUUGUUUUCUCUUCGCCUAUAAGAUGCAUGUUUUUAGACGCAAAAAUUACCCAGUACAAAGAUAUAAUUG